CAUGCGUGACGUCAUGGCGCCCGCGCGGGCCGUCAUGGCGGACGGCGGCGGGCCCGAGGCGGACCCGGAGCCGCUGCGGCUGCGGCGGCUGCGGGGUGAGGGGUACUUCGAGGUGCCGGCGGCGGAGCGGCUGGGAAGAUGCCGAAGCGUGAAGGAGUUCGAGAAGCUGAAUCGGAUCGGAGAGGGCACCUACGGCAUCGUGUACCGGGCCCGGGACACCCUGACAAAUGAGAUCGUGGCACUGAAGAAGGUGCGGAUGGACAAUGAGAAAGAUGGAAUGCCCAUCAGCAGCCUGCGGGAAAUCACCCUGCUUCUGCAGUUUCGGCACCCCAACAUCGUGGAGCUCAAAGAGGUGGUUGUAGGGAACCAUCUGGAGAGUAUAUUCCUGGUGAUGGGGUACUGCGAGCAGGACCUAGCCAGCCUUCUUGAGAACAUGCAGACGCCUUUUUCAGAGGCUCAGGUGAAGUGCAUCAUCCUGCAAGUCCUCAAGGGCCUGCAGUACCUUCAUGAGAACUACGUCAUCCACAGGGAUCUGAAGGUGUCCAACCUGCUCAUGACUGACAAAGGCUGUGUGAAGAUAGCUGAUUUUGGACUGGCACGCACCUAUGGGAUGCCACCAAAGCCCAUGACCCCCAAAGUCGUCACACUGUGGUACCGAGCACCUGAGCUGCUGCUGGGGAUGGCGACCCAGACCACCAGCAUUGACAUGUGGGCUGCGGGCUGCAUCCUCGCCGAGCUGCUGGCGCACAAGCCACUGCUGCCGGGUACCUCUGAGAUCCACCAGAUCGAUCUCAUUGUGCAGCUCCUGGGGACACCCAAUGAAAACAUCUGGCCGGUGAGAGCAGUCCCCUGCUCCCUGCCCUCCCCUGCCCUCCUUCCCUGCCUCCACCUCACAGCCCGACCCGUGCAGGGCUUCUCCAAGCUGCCCCUGGUGAGCCAGUACACGCUGCGGAAGCAGCCCUACAACAACCUCAAGCACAAGUUCCCCUGGCUGUCGGAGGCCGGGCAGCGGCUGCUCAACUUCCUCUUCAUGUAUGAUCCCAAGAAGCGGGGCACAGCAAAGGACUGCCUAGAUAGCUCCUACUUCAAGGAGAAGCCCCUACCCUGCGAGCCAGAGCUCAUGCCCACCUUCCCGCACCACCGCAACAAGCGGGUGGCUGCCACCAAUGCGGGGAUUGAGAGCCAGGCCAAGCGCGGCAAGCCCUGAGCUCUGUCCCAUGGGAGAAGCAUGGCACAUGCCAACUGGGAUGGCUUUCCUCGGCUGAACAGCACCAAGGGCGUCAGCCCUUCCCGGGACGGCUCCCAGUGCGGGGAUGGCCCGGCUGCAGUAGGGAAGCGCUGUACCGGCUCCAGCGCGGAGCAACAAGAGUAGAAGAGAAACGAGGUGCAGGGACCCCCAGGGCUCCACAGGGAGAGGCUGGCGUGGGGCCCUCAGCCAGUGCUGGCCGCGUGGGGUAACCCAAACUUUGCCAUCAAUAAACGCACUUGCCAGCAGCUCGGA